UGAGCCUAACCAAAUUUACCGCAAUGCCCUAAACAGUGUCUGCGCGGAACCUCCGACACGCAGCAUCAUCCGGGGAAGUUCAUUGUCAUUGCACCAGUGUCAGGAAGUGCGCAUGGUUUGAAAGAUGGCGGACGUUCCCAAUGAUGCACCAGAACACUGUCCAGGCACGAGCAGUGACCAGGCUGGUAAAUCAUCAGCAUGUCAAGGAUGCCCAAACCAAAACAUAUGUGCCUCUGGUGCUGCCAAAGCUCCCGAUCCAGCCAUAGAGGAAAUCAGACAGAAAUUGACCUCUGUGAAGCACAAGAUUCUGGUUUUGUUUUUGUAUGGAAGGGGGUGUUUUGGGAAGAGCACGUUCAGCGCACAUUUGUCUCAUGCACUGGCUAGUGAUGACUCCAAAGAGAUUGCACUGCUAGAUGUGGACAUCUGUGGGCCAUCUAUACCAAAAAUAAUGGGGUUAGAGGGGGAGCAGGUUCAUCAGAGCGGCUCAGGCUGGUCCCCAGUGUAUGUUGAGGACAACUUGGCCGUCAUGUCCAUUGGCUUCCUGCUCAGUAGUCCAGAUGAUGCUGUUAUCUGGAGAGGCCCCAAAAAGAAUGGCAUGAUAAAACAGUUUCUGAGGGAUGUGGACUGGGGAGAAGUGGACUAUCUGAUCGUAGACACGCCUCCAGGAACAUCUGAUGAGCAUUUGUCCAUCGUGCAGUAUCUCAGCGGCGCUGGCAUCGAUGGAGCCGUCAUCAUCACCACCCCGCAGGAAGUAUCUUUGCAGGAUGUGAGAAAAGAGAUACGAUUCUGUAAAAAGGUCAAAAUACCCAUCAUAGGUGUGAUUGAAAACAUGAGUGGCUUUGUUUGUCCUAAAUGCAAGAAUACAUCACAGAUAUUUCCUCCGACUACAGGAGGAGCACAGAGAAUGUGUGAAGAGUUAAAUCUCCCUCUUUUGGGCAGAGUCCCCCUGGAUCCACGGAUAGGGAGAAGCUGUGACGAGGGAAGAUCUUUCCUAACUGAAGUCCCAGACUCUCCUGCUGCAGUGGCCUAUCAGAAUAUUGUCCAGAAAAUCAGAGAUUACUGUUCUUCCCACUCUACACCAGAUGAUCCUUGUUGAUGCAGAAAUGUACAUCACAUCUUUGUCCAGCCAGCUGGGAUGUCCUAUGAAUUCAGACAGCAGUCAUGUGAUUAAUCAGUCACAAAAGAAAGGUCAUUAUGAAUUGUGCACUCCUGUUCACCUUUAUAAACUCAAUUACAGAGCCAAUGGAAAAUAUUAUCUGAAUUCCUGGGUUCCCUUCAAAUCACAGAUUUUGAAAAUAUAUGGUUUUUUUUAGAUUCGAAAAAUAGUUUGUUAUAAUACAUCAAAAAUGAUUUCAUGUUGUCCGUUAGAAGUACAGAUCACAAGACACAAUCCAAUCCAAGAAUCCAAAUUUGUAAAUUGUAAACUGAAACCAAAAUAUAAUUAUUACUAUAAUGACAAUGGGCAUGUUUCAGCAGGCCAGGAGAAAUAGUUUAUUAUCAGAAAAGGUGAUGUGUGCCAUAUAGUGGCUUUCUCUGUCAAUGAGAUGUAAUGGUUAUAUAAUGUUUAAUUUUGCUAAUAAAUUUCUUAAGAUAACAAUUAAAUAAA